CCCCGUUUCCCUCCUCCUCUCCCUCUCUCUGCCUCUGACCUCCUGCCGCUCCUUCCCCCACUGCUCUCCCCACAAGCUCAUACUCUGUCCUCAUGAGCUGGUCCCCAGAAGAGUGCAGGGGGCAGGGAGAACCCUCCAGUGACAGACACGCCCUCUGUGCCAGGCUGGUGGAGAAGCCCAACAGAGGGUCUGCGGAGCACCCAGAGUCUGGCCCGGGACCCAUCGUCACCCGGACGGCCUCGGGACCUGCCCUGGCCUUCUGGCAGGCCGUGUUGGCCGGGGACGUGGGCUCUGUCUCCCGCAUCCUCACGGACUCCAGCACGGGCCUGGCUCCGGAUUCCAUCUUUGAUACCAGCGACCCAGAGCGAUGGAGGGAUUUCCGCUUCAACAUCCGUGCUCUGAGACUCUGGUCUCUGACGUACCAGGAGGAGCUGACCACCCCACUACACGUGGCAGCUAGCCGGGGCCACACGGAAGUCCUGCAGCUGCUGCUGAGGCGGCGGGCAAGGCCUGACAGUGCCCCUGGGGGCCGCACCGCCCUGCACGAAGCCUGUGCUGCGGGCCAUGCGGCCUGCGUCCAUGUGCUGCUGGUGGCCGGAGCCGACCCCAACAUCCCCGACCAGGACGGAAAACUCCCCUUGCACCUCUGCCAGGGGGCCGGCACCCUUGAGUGCGCAGAACUGCUCCUGAGGUUUGGGGCGAAAGUGGAUGGUCGGUCUGAGGAGGAGGAGGAGACCCCUUUGCAUGUGGCUGCCCGGCUGGGCCACGUGGAGCUGGCAGGCCUGCUUCUGAGACGGGGGGCCUGCCCUAAUGCCCGCAAUGCCGAAGGCUGGACCCCACUGCUGGCCGCCUGUGACAUCCGCUGCACGUCCCCCACCGAUGCUGAGGCCACCACCGCUCGCUGCGUCCAGCUGUGCCGUUUGUUGCUCUCGGCCGGAGCCGAUGCCGAUGCUGCUGACCAGGAUAAGCGGCGGCCCCUGCACCUGGCCUGUCGCCGUGGCCACGCAGCCGUCGUGGAGCUGCUCCUGUCAUGCGGCGUCAGCGCCAACACCAUGGACUAUGGGGGCCACACAGCCCUUCACUGUGCUCUGCAAGGCCCACCUGCGGCCCUGGCCCAGAGCCCAGAGCACACAGUGCGAGCCCUGCUCAACCAUGGUGCUGUCCGCGUCUGGCCUGGGGCCCUCCCCAAGGUACUGGAGCGCUGGUGCACAUCUCCGAGGACUAUCGAGGUCCUGAUGAACACCUACAGUAUCAUGCAGCUUCCUGAGGAGGCCAUGGCCCUGGUGCCUCUUGAAACUCUGCAGAAGCACCACCGUUUCUAUUCCUCCCUCUUCGCCUUGGUGAGACAGCCCAGAUCACUGCAGCAUCUGAGCCGCUGUGCACUCCGUGCUCACCUGGCAGCCUGCCUGCCCCACGCCCUGCCCCGCCUUCCCCUGCCACCCCGCCUGCUCCGCUACCUGCAGCUGGAUUUUGAGGACGUGCUCUACUAGGUGUCCACUGCCUCUUGAGAGACCUGAAAGCAGAUGCCCCAGGGGGCUCCAGUCUGCUUCUCACAGCACCCCGAACCCAGGACUGUGUCAAAAUUAUCUGGAUCAAGGUGGUCUUGUCAGCAGGAGGUCCAACUCCACAGGCAGAUGUAGGUGCUGCCAUUCCCACCAGGGAGAGAGGCAGAUGGACCACGCAGCCAGGUGAUGUCUAAUGGCGAAACAGCUGGGACUCAUGGCAAGUGACACACUCCUCUUGGUCAUCUCCUGAGGCACCCCUUCAGCCCAU